UUUUGUGUGAUAGUGAUGGCACUAAUCGAAGAAAACCCUUACACCAAGGCUUUAAAAAUGAAUAAACAGUGGGAGAACAUACACGGAUAUGUGCAAGUUAGGCCAGGAGCAUACAUGUUUUACUGGUUCUUCUACGCAAAUGGGACCAAAAUUGACGCGAAUCGCAAACCCGUCAUAAUAUGGAUUCAAGGGGGACCGGGAUUUGCAGCGAGCGGUGUGGGCAACUUCGCAGAAAUGGGACCUUUUCAUAUGGAUUUGACACCACGCAAUCAUACUUGGGUGAAAGGAAGGAAUGUACUGUUCUUAGACCAUCCUGUCGGCACUGGAUUUAGUUACGUUACAAAUAGUUCAUUACACGCCAAAACUGAUCGAGAUAUGGCAAUGGAUUUAGCAAGAGCAAUAAAAGUAUUUUACAGGAGAUACAAAGAAUUCCGCAAGACACCGACGUAUUUGUUCAGUCAAAGUUAUGGCGGUAAACUUUGUCCACGUUUGGCAUAUUAUUUACACACGGCAAUCGAGAACAAGAGCCUGAAAUUGAAUUUUAAAGGAAUCGGUAUUGGCGGAGGUUGGGUUGAUCCUAGAGAAAGCAUUUUAGUGCAGCCGAAGUUUUUAUAUCUCUCGGGGGUGAUAGAUCGAAAUUUAUAUCUCUCUUCUUCGCGGGUAGCCAAGAAGCUAGCUCAUUACAUACAAGAAGAGGAAUAUUUCCAAGCGGAUAUUUUCGACGAUAUUUUGUUCAGGACUCUUAACAAGCAAGGCGAAUUAAAUUUCAACAACGUGUAUGCUCCCAGUCCAUACCCAGCACUUGAUGAGUUACAAGACAAAAUGAAUAAAUACAUAAAAUAUACUUUGCCAGAAGUUAACGCGACGAGAAAGUGGGUGUAUUUAUCGCUACCUCCAUACAAUAGUUUGAAACGAAGCUUCUUAGUUCCUUCGGUAUCCUUCUUAGAAGCUCUAUUGAAUAAGACGAAGUUGAAGAUAGCAAUCUAUAAUGGGAACUUGGACGUUGUCACUCCGUUAGGUGGCGCUUGCAGUUGGGUCCACAAAUUAAAAUGGCAUGGAGCUGCGGAAUUUGCCACUGCUAAACGGCACCAUAUCCGUGGAAAUAGAAACGGAUAUUAUAAAGAGAUGAACAGACUAAGUUUUUGGUGGGUCUUCGGAGCUGGUCAUUGGAUUCCUGAAGAAAACCCAGAAGCUAUGGAGCACAUAUUGGAUUACGUUAUGGCAGAAGACGUAGUGAAACCUCCAACGUAAGAACAACUUUAAAAACGCUUAUAUGAAAUUAUCUUGAAAUAUUCAAAUUUAAGAUUUUUAAGCACCGCCAUUAACUGUGUAAAUUAAAAUUUUUACAUAUUUUAACUGAAUUAUAUAAGUCGUCGGUAAACUAUUGAGAUUAACUCUUUACCUGACUGCGAAAGAGAGUUUGUAUUAUCUGUCGCUCAAUUGUCAAUGUUUUGGAUAAGAUUCUUGUCUUAUUUAAAUAAUUUCAUAAAAUAUGCGAUACGACUCGUACUAUAUUAUUUAAAACAUAAGUUCGUAUUUAUUUUAUGUUUAGAUAUUUUGUAGGAACACGUUAAGUUAACGCCAUGCUUAAUUUAUUCUUAUGUAGAGUAAGAGUAACUUAACUAAAGACGCUGUAAUAAUUCCCCGUAGCUUUGCCUGUGUAAUUUAAAUUAGCAAACAUUACUUCAAUCUUGAAACAAUUCUUAUGUUUGUGAACGUAAACGUACGUUAUCUUUGCAGUGUUUUUAAGAUUUGAAAAGUGUAUGUUAAGAUAUUCCAUAUUUUUACAAGAAUAAAUAAAAAUCAACAUGUAUGUUAAA